UACUUUUCAAUAAAACAAAAUUGUGUUUCGUAAUAAUUUUACAUUAUAUCAUAUAGCUAAAAAAUUUUUUACAAGUUCGGGUAAUGAUCGUGAUGAAGAGUUUACAAUUACUUCGUGUUGAUAAUGAUAUAGUGCAAAAGAUGGAUCUACAAGUAGGGAACAACAUUAUUGGCCGGAGCGUGGUAGCUGGAUGUGACGAUGAUGGAACUGUUAAACAUGCUGCUACAAUAAAUUUAACACCUAACAAUGAAAUGACAAUAACACCGUGUCAGGUUUCACCGUGUUAUAUGAAAUCUGUUGAAUCUUCGCGAUGGCAACUUCUUAAAUUAGGUACUACUGUUCCAAUAAAACCUGGAGAUAUUUGUUCCUUAAUACCCGAGAAGUGUUGGUUUAAAGUUAUAUCAGUAUCCGAAAAUAUGGAAAAUAAUCAGGAACAGACGUUGAAGCGAAAAGCAAAUGAUGCUAUAGAUUAUAAUAUGUCUGGUAAAAAGUCUUGUUCAGAAUCAGGAGAAGGAGACAAUUUAGGAACUUCGCAUGAUGCGCUAAAUGAAAUGUUAAAUAAGAAUAACAACAAUGAUAUAAUUAAAACAAAAUCUGAGGACACUGAUUCAAAAGAUUAUAAUAUGUCAAGUUGCAAAGAUACCACAAGUAUGACGGUACAAAACUCUGAGGAACUUUGUGGCAUGAGCAGCUCUAACGAAGGAAGAAACCAUGAUUCAAAUAAUAAGAUAAUGUCUGAACAUCAAAGUACAGAUUUAUUAUCUACAAAAAAGGAAGAUACUUGUAAAUUACAAAGCACGAACGACACAGAUACCCAACUUCCUUCAACUGUGCCAGAUGUUCCUGCUGCUAAUACUGUAAAUACCCCCAGAAGAGAGAAGUGUAGAUAUGGAGAAAAAUGCUAUAGAAAAAAUGCACAACAUAAAGCUGAAUUCAGUCAUCCUGGAGAUGCAGAUUACAAUAUUGUUGACGAUAGAAAGGAAUGUCCCUAUGGUUCACGAUGUUACCGUAAAAGUCUUCAACAUAAAAUGCAAUUUAAACAUACUGAUUCGAAAGUUAGAAAAGAAAGUUCUAAACGACAUCGAAAACGAACUCCGACGACAGUCUCUUCAGAUACUUUAUCUGAUUUGGAAGAUUCGUCCGAAGAAGAAUCCGUCGACGAAUCUGAGUACGAACCUUCCAGCGGUACAGAAGGGUUAGACGACGACGAUGAUUUGUAUUCGGAUAACAAUGGAAGCGAGGAUGACGUAGUUAAAUAAGGAGAUAAAUAUUUUAUUACUUUAAGGUUUUUCAACAUCUUUAAAUUAUUUAUGUAGUUAUAGUUAUAAAUGCAGAAAUAUAUACGAAUGUUUAAUAAAUAUUUUUAUAUUCACAUACGAAAGAGCAUGUAAUAGAAAGAUGAAUUUAAAAAUAUAGUUUACAAAGUUUUUUCUA